GUGUUUCAACUCUCCCACGAUAACUCAGCAUAUCAUGGACCUUUACAACAAGAUGACUGAAUUUCGUAAGCUGGGGUGUGACGUUUACCUGUUAACGAGAGGUCCUCCGAUUGGAACAAGAGGUGGAGCGUAUAUCAAGCUGAUUGGUGUUCCGUUUCGAAAACUGUACGAUGAAGAAGAGGCUCUCGCAGAACUGAAGGCACAUCGACAUUCUGCAAUGGAACUUGUUGGAUGGAGAGCUUUGCUUCGGGCAGUGGAGACAUCUUUGGCCGAGGAAAUUCGGCCGCAGACAGGUUACAAGAGAUCCGGUGAGGGACAAAAUGAGGAUCAAACUGGUUUCAUAGCGCAGAA